CAUGCACCCGCAACGGCCAGGGAAGCUCCAGCCCCAGGGUCUUACAAGCUGACCUCGGGAGGAUCUAGUGGGCCAUCGCAAACAACCACUCAGCGUGUGCCGGCACGACUAUCUGCCCAGGUACCUAGCUAGCUCGGCCGACCUCAUGAGCUGACGGUAGCAAGCAGCACAGAGUUUGCUUUGCCCUGGCCGGCGGUCUCGGCGUAGCCGACAAUCCGCAACCUGGCUCGACCAUGCGCGAGUUCAUGGACUACAUCCAGUCCGCCUUCUACUCGGCAACUGGCUGGAAUCGUGAGAGCUCAUACUCGACCCUCAAUGCCACUUCCGAUGCGCUUCUCAACUUCCCGACACCGCGUGGUCUGCGUUUGACUCUCAGUUCCCUCGCGACUCCCCAGUUCGCAACCACAUACCAGCUUGGCACUAUUGGAGUUGUCGACGGCUCGAUAUCGUACCUCUACUCGUCGGUGCCAUUGAACGACACUGUCGCUCAGAGCGACCGCAUCCCACUAUCGACGGUUCUCAAGGGCUACCGAACCUUAGCCGAGCUCCCACGACAUGAGGUUGACAGCAGCCUCGAGGCCACCGCCACCAAGGUGAACUCGUGGUCAGGUUUCAAUCUUAUGGACACUGAAUCUCUGGCAUAUGGCCGCCUAUACUUGCCGAGGUCUAUGCUCGAGGCACUGUUUGUGAAGCGAAUAUCGCCGACCUUACAGAUGCAGAUGAGUGCGGUCUCUGAUCAGUCACUCCGAAACGGCGGGACGGUGUUGAGCAUGCUACAGUACGAUACUGGUCGGUACGGCGUGGAGGGGCUUGCAUCCACUGAUGGAGGGCUCUUAGGCAUUCGUGGGCUAUACAACUUUGGGGGUGACGUUGCGGACACGGACCUUGUUCCAAGCCCGGUCGAGGAAGGAUCAAACCACAAUAACAACAGCAACAAUGAGCGAGACCGCAUCUAUGGUAGAUUCAGCGCGGGCGGCGAAUUCUACUACGGCACAUUAAACAAGUCUGGUGGCAUGAGCCUCGGCGUGCGAUUUGCAACACUACCGCGGCACAAAGGCACACCUCUUACGGCCACGAUGACGAUUAACCCGCUGAUGGGCAACAUGAGCUGGACUUAUGCCGUCAUGGCCGGGGAAAACUGCUCGCUUGCGACACGCACAAGUUUCAACGUAUAUAGCUACGAGAGUGAUUAUGCCGUUGGACUCGAGCUAUGGAGGAAACGAUCUGCGUGGCAAAAUCUGGAAUCCGAAGAUGAUGUCAAGGUUAUUACGCCCACGAUACCACAACGAAGCUUCCAGUCAAAAUUAGAAUGGAAGCUGGACGAGCCGACAAUCGCCUCACCACUGAAGGAACCAGUGGCUGCCGAUGCUGGUCCGACCGUCAAGUCAGUCAAGCCCCGAGAAAGGAGUUUCCAGGCCAAGCUGGAAUGGCGUCUAGACGAUGCAGAAAGCAUGCCGGCCCCUGGUGCGGACACGUUCGAAGACCCUUACGCCGGCGUCCUUAAAGCACGCCUCGAUCAACACUUCCGCGUCGGGCUGCUUUGGGAGGGUAGGAUAAAAUCUCUACUUUUCAGUCUCGGCAGCAGCAUUGACCUGAGGCGGCCCGACUCGCCGUUUCGCAACCUGGGAUUAGAGGUUCAAUUUUCCUCCUGAACGCGCCAAUCUUACAAGCCUUGGCCUACACGAAAACCCAACUUGAUACCAUCAGCCUGGUCUUGCAGGAGGCCGAGACCCGACGAUCCGCAUGCACAGCGGCAGCGCCCAGGGGUCUCCGAGCAUAGUCUAUAGACUUGCGCGGCCACCCUCCCUG